CUCUUCUCAAACUCUACUGUCAAAACUCUAUUCCUCCUCUUCUUCGUUUUCUGUGAUAAAUGGAUUCCGAAGUGUAAAUUACUAGGGAAAAAUGGGUGUUUUUAAUUUUUAUUUUGAAGAACAAAAUUAUUCAAAGAAAAUCAAUUUGUUUUUUUGGAGAAUGGGUAAAUUUUUGGAGAUUUAGGGGAUUUUAGUAAGAAUUUAUGGUUUAUUUUCAACAAGUAAUGGGAAUGGAAAAGUCUUGGGAUUAACGCAGAACCAGCCUAUGCAAGUGGUGAUUAAGAUGAAUGAUACUGACGCUGACCUAGCUUUGUCUUGGAGUCAAAAUGCUGCUAAUUGGGUCGAUUUGGAAGAAAUGAGUAGUAGAGUGUUGCCAUCUACAAUGGGUGCUAGGUGCUUAUUUGGAUGCACUCCACAUGAACAAUCUGACAUCAACUUGGAGAUCAAAUACCUGUUCUGUUUUGGUUCAGAUACAAAAGAUAAAAUGGAUUCGGAAACUUCUAGAGUAGUAGCUUCAACUUUCUUUAGAAGACUGACAUCAGCUACAAGGUCAUUCUUUUUGUUGGCGGUUCUUUUAAGAUCUGUAAGGCACUUGCGAAUCACCUUGGUGACUUUCUUUCUGGAGGUCAUGUAUGUAUCAAUUUCAAUUGAACAUUUACGAGUGGAGGAUUGAAGAUCUUGCACAGAUUGCUUCAUUUGAGACAAAACAUCCUUGAUGGUGCUGCAAACAUCCAACAAUGUGAUAGAUCCAUCCAAGACUGUAUCUAAGCAUUUCACAUCAUGGUUAGAAAGUAAAUCCUCAACAGAUUCAUACAAGUCUUUAAGACCAGCUAAAUUGUUAGAGAUGGAUGAGGAUGAGGUGGCUAGUUCUGAAGAUCUUAAUCGGCACAAUUGCUCCUCAACUACAAGAGUCAGAGGAUAAGAUGUGGUGGGUAAACUGAUUGAUCGAGCAUGGAAAGUUUUGUUUGAGGAAGCCAUCUUCACUUUGGUUAGCAGAAGAAGUUGUAGAAUUGAAUUUAGUUUUUGUUGAUUAAAGGGUUAUUGAUAUUGCAGCGUAUAUACAAUACUAAAGGGGACAUGAGGAAUCUCAUCAAGGCUCUCAUGGUCAGUUCAUUUCAGGCUGCAUGUGGUGAACCUCCGUUUCUGUCGCCCGUGUCUGUGGGUUGUCCCAUUUAUCAGAGACAUACACUCAUAUAGGAAGGAAAAUCACUUUGUAGGUUAGUAUCUUCAAACUUGUCGCUUUGUCACAACUAAGAACCAUUUAAGCCUGUAAACCCAAUCAAUGCAUAACAUAAUUUUACACGAGUAACUAUUAUUUUGGUGAAUAUCAUACCUGUAUUUUAGUCUGAGCAUCAAACUCAU